AUGGUCUACGACUGGGAUGGAAAGCGAGACAUCUGCUACCAGAUGUAUAUCCGGGAUAAAAAGGCGUUGGAGGAAAUCAUGGAAUACAUGAAAAAUGCAUAUGAUUUCUCACCUAGUAAGCGCGCGUUUCAGACGCAAUUCAAACGAUGGGGCUUUCCCUCCAAACAGAACCCAGCGCAUAAGAACAUGGCGCUCGUCGCCCGUGUCAAGCAGCUCUGGGAGAAGAAUACCAGCCAGCGCGACAUGUUGCGCAUCUUAAACGACGAAGGGUUCGAGAUCAAAGAGCGAGAACUAAUGCGCGUGCGCGCCAAAAACCGCUGGCUCCUCCGAGUCCCCAACGGCAUGAAAGCCCAGUCGACCUUGCAGAGCCCCGUACCGCUACCCGACGACGAAGGACUGCUGGCUUUGCAGCAAGAAGUCUAUAAAAACACCGAUGGUCCCUUCGAUACAUCCUCCGAGCCGCUCCCAGCGGACACCGCAACCUCACACCCCCCAUCUCCCGGCCUGUCCGCCGAGGUCAUCGCCAAGCGCAAAGAGCGUCUGGAGCGACUGAAAGCCGAGAGCGCAGAACGUUGGGCGACCCGAAAACGCCGUCGCAGGACUCGUGGCUGGGCCGGAUUGCCUGCGGAUCCUCCGGGCCCUCCACGGUUCCCUUCUGAGACGACUAUCGAUGAGAGUAAAAAGUACCUGAACCUAGACAAUGCGAUGUACCGGGAGAUCAGAGACCAGUUCCAACGCAUCUGUGAGGAGGCGGGGUUCAUCAAGAAGACCGUCGCCGGCCCGGAGAGAUGGCAAGAAGCCAAGAAUAAGCUAAUCCAGGGAUCGCAUCACCUCCAGCAAGUGUUCUGGGACGACCCUAACCAGUUAGAUGCGAAGACGCUCGCGCUUGACGUGGUGUGUACGGACGUCACGAAACGAAUGAGAACCCUGGAGAGGAGAAUGACCAUUGCGGAGGCCAAAAAUGCCCUUGGCAUCAACCCGGAAGAGAGCCGCCAGAUUCGAAACGCCUUCUACAACACUUUAAAGGCAGACCAUUUCACCAGUAAGCUAGAGGCUGGAGAUGAGCAUUGGAAAGAACUCAAGGAGCGAUGGAUCAAAGAAUCAGAGAUACUCCAGCGGAUCCUUCCCUCUGAUCCAGCAGAUGCGGAGCACUCCACAAAACACAAGGCGCUUGAAGUCCUAUGUCGCGAUGUCAUGAAACGGCUUCGCGACGAUCAGUCGAAGAGGGACACUACUCGUAAACUAUCAGCUUCUCGGCUUCAGGCUCACAGUCCCGACUCGGGCAGCUCUCACGAGAGCGCCAAUUUCAGCAGUGGAAUCACUAAUGGAAUCAGCACGCUCGCUUCUCAGGCCCUUGCGAGUGCACCCGUGGCAUCCGGCGAUCUAGGUGACAUACAAAUAGACCCAUCACUCCUGCAAGCUGCCAAUGAUACCUCCUUUGCCACAGCAGACCAGCAUGAUUCGGGAAACGCCUUUGAAUAUGCGGAUCCCAUCCUCGACUCCGCGUUCCACCCCAUCGUCCAUCUGCGGAUCCAUCCCGACAGCCCGUUGCACAGCGAUUGCAAGCCUUGGGUUGAAAAAUUAACGGAGAAAACAAUCGGCAUAUUACGACACCUGGUCAACGCGAAAUUCCCGGACUCCUUUGUUACAAAAGUUGAGGCCAUUGACAGAGAUAUGGAUGGCAAUGAGAUCCCGUUCAUAAUCGAUGAAGACCACGAACUUGAUACUUAUUUGACUCACGUACAAGGGCGCAAAGCGAUCUUUUCAGUCUAUCUGGGUUCUAUUUGA